UUUUACCCCAACCCUAACAAGAAAUUCGUGUACCAAUUCAAGACGCAGUCCACAAAACCCACUUCGAAGAUUUAACAAGAAGAUGAAAUUCAGGGGUUGCCAGAGAAUUCCGUGCUUCACUUACAAUGGACGUCUCAAUCAUCUAAAUGCACAGCGUUUCCAUUUUACUACCUUUCUUCGUAAGGUACAAGCCACCGAAGCUCGAGCAUCGCUCAAUAGUGGCGGCAGUAGUAGUAGUAACAGCAGCUCUCAGGGUAGCAAUCUCUUAUUGCCUGGUGCAACAGUCGCAACUAUAGUUAUGCUUGGUCUUCUCCAUGCCCGACGUCUUUAUGAUGAUCAAAAGGUUGAAGAGGCAAGAGAAAAGGGAGCUUUAGAAUUCCGGCCUGAUGCAAAGGCUACUUUCAUGAGAUUGCUUCCACUACGCUCCAUUUCUAGAUUCUGGGGUACCUUGACCAGUGUGGAACUUCCGAUGUGGCUGCGCCCAUAUGCAUAUAAAGGAUGGGCUCGGGCAUUUCAUUCAAACUUGGAAGAAGUAGCUUUGCCUUUGGAAGAAUAUGCAUCUUUACGGGAGUUUUUUGUCAGAAGAUUGAAAGAGGGUACCAGACCUAUUGAUUGCAAUCCCUGUUGUCUGGUUAGUCCAGUUGAUGGUACUGUUCUCCAAUUUGGCGAGUUGAAAAAAGCUGGGGCUAUGAUUGAGCAAGUCAAAGGAUUCACUUAUUCUGCUUCUUCACUUCUUGGUGCCAGCUCCCUUCUUCCCAUGGCUGUGGUUGAUGACAAUAAAAAUGAAGAUGGUGGGCAAGAAGGUUCUACGGAUGAUGCAAAUCAAAAGUCUUGGUGGAGAGUUUCAUUGGCUUCUCCCAAAGUCCGAGAUCCUGCACCAGCUUGUCCAAUGAAAGGUCUCUUUUACUGUGUGAUUUACUUGAGACCUGGAGAUUAUCAUCGCAUACACUCACCAGUUGAUUGGAAAGUUCUUGGUCGUCGACAUUUCUCUGGUCGUCUCUUUCCCAUGAAUGAACGAGCUACCAGGACAAUAAGAAAUCUUUACGUGGAGAAUGAAAGGAUUGUGCUUGAAGGUAAAUGGCAAGAAGGUUUUAUGGCAAUGGCAGCCAUAGGUGCAACAAAUAUUGGCUCCAUUGAGCUUUUCAUUGAACCAACUCUGCGAACAAAUAGGCCAUGGAAGAAGAUGCUACAUCCAGAACCUCCUGAAGAACAGGUAUAUGAACCCAAAGGCACUGGUGUUUUCCUGAAGAAAGGAGAUGAGGUACCAUCCUGAAAUUUGAUGUUAGUUUGGAAGAGAAAUAUGCAUGCUAAACUUCAGUUUUUGUGGCGUCUUUUGAGCAUGCAAAAUAUCAUGAUAAAUUAUAUUACUUGGCCAGUUGAUGUGUGUGUACGAGAAAUAAAUCCCAUCUUGCAGUUGCAUCUUUUGAGCAUGCAAAAUAUCAUGAUAAAUUAUAUUACUUGUCC